CUCCUUUGUCUGGCCGCGAGGCGCGGCCCGCGCCGGCCACUGUCGAAAACCAGUUGGCUAUCAGGUGCGCCCCGAGUGAGGGGGCCGGCUCGUUUGAUUAUAGCUGCUCCCUAGUGUGGCCAUAUCUUGAAAAGCGAGAGGAAGUGUCAAGAAUUAGAGCAGAAUUCAGCGCGCCGAGGAGGAGUAUACGCACGCACUCAUUAUUAAGUGCAUCCAAUCUUCCGGCAUGCCGGACGUAUAUAAAAGGCGGGCCCUCCGCCACCCAAAGCAACAGUUCAGCUCUUGACUGCACAGCCGAGAACGCAGGACCGACCAUGAAGACCAUGCUGGUUUCCCUGUUUGUGAGCGCCCUGGUCGGCGUCUCUCUGGCCGGCCUCGUUGGAUAUGGUGGAGGCUACGGAGGUGGCUACGGCGGCGGCUACGGCGGAGGCCACGGCGGAGGACUCCUUGUCCUUGGUGGAUACGGUGGCGGAGGAUACGGCGGCGGUGGAGGAUACGGUGGCGGCUACGGAAAAUCCCUUCCCGGGCCAUCCUUCCUCAUUAAGAGCGUUCACCACGUGAGCAAGGUCAGCCACGGAGGGCCCAUCCUGGCCAACUACGACCUCGGCGUCGCCUACGGUGGUGGAUACGGCGGAGGUUACGGAGGAGGCUACGGUUUCGGAGGUGGUUACGGAGGCUACGGAGGUUACGGAGGUUACGGAUUGGGCGUUCUCGGCUACGGCCACAAGGGCUGAAGUUAGAACGUCUUCACUCGUAGUCAAAACACGGACGCAGAGCGUACGGUAGUAUAGUUUAGCCGAAAGACAAGGUUACAUUUGCAACAACGUUCAUUUGAACAAUGCAGCAUGUGCCGCAAGAACUUUAUAAACCACGUAUAAGCAGAUAGAAUUACAAACAAAAAAGACAGACAUCAAAAAAAAGAUGCUCACGAGAGAAGUUUUGACGGAACCAGCAUGAGUGAGUGUAUAUAAAGCAUACUGAGUCGUAGAAAGCGAGUGCAUCUAGUAGAAGAAUCACCCUCAUCCCGAAGCCUGCGGACUGUGUUGGCUCUUGCGAUGUAUAUUUUGUACAAAUGAGAUCACACGGCUAAUAAAACAGAUGUACAGGAAACA